AUGGGCCGUCAGGCUUAUUUGAACCGGCUCGCUUUGGGUCGGUCACCAUACGAACCUCAAGAGACAGCAACAGUCGACCCUUCAAAUCCAGUACGAAGGGUUUCUAACAUACAUGCCGAUGAUUACAUGCAACAGUAUGAUGCCCGAGGGCAUCAGGUCAAUCCAGAAUCUAAAUCUUUGGGCCGAGCGCUUCGCAGAGCGAAAAAUGACAUCCUUUCUACCAUGGGCAUUGUUGUCAGCAGUGAGGAUCGAAAUGCCAACACAUCCAAUGACAAGCAGAAGAUGAAUCAAAUAAUGACCGAGAAUGAUUUUGGUUUGGUCAUCACUACCUUGGACCAAGUAUUCGUGUUUAUCAGCACCUGGUGGUCAUCAUCUCUCACAGGUCGGAUUUUGACCUUCAAACACUACACCCAUGCGCCGCUCCUAGAUGUAAUCCGCUCUGAGCGCGUAAAUACAGGGAUUGUCGGCUUCUAUUUUGCUGGUAUACCUGCCUGGGCAGUCUCUAGCACAUUGGCAAUUGCUCGCGAAAGUCCCCUCAGACGCCUUUCCGUUACAAUCCGCGACUACGUUUUGAGCUUGAUAAGCAGCAAUGGCCUGGCAUUAAGCACCCGUGCUCUGUUUGGAGUCGGGUAUUCCAUGGUUAAACAUUCUGUUCUCAUCUUGUCCCUCGAGGCCUAUAUGUACUCUGUACUCCAGGGUCUCUCGCUGGUGCCCGCAAACUCCAUCCCCAGCCUGCGACAGUUGAUCCCGUUCGGCAAAACAUCUUUAUUUCAACUACCAACUCUUCCUGCUGAUUUCUCCAUCCCAUCAAUUGGUGGUUUCGUCAUGCAACUUCUGACCUCCCCCGGAGUUUUGACAUUUGUUUACGCAUUUUACCUACGCCCAGAGCUAGAAGAGCGCAUCUACAGACUUAUCCGGCGCCAAAUUCCCAAGCCUUCCCUUGCAGACGAGCUCUCGAUUCGAGUCGCGUAUGAGGAGAACCUAAUCGAAUGGGUUGUACCGACCUUGGGACGUAGAUCUGAGGAAGAGUCUCGCCGUGCGAAACUUACAUUAACGCAAGAUAUCAAACAAGAACUUGUCGCUUUACGAGGGUGGGUUUUCUCUCUAUUCGGGCUUUUUUCCAGCAAGGCCCCAGAACAACCCCGGGUCGACGGUCAAGGUCCAGAGAAUAUCGAAAAUCAUCUCCGGCAAUCGAUUGAAUCCUUACAACAUGAGCUAGAGGAAAUUCAGCUUCGGACUAAUGUCGCUGGAGUCGAGCAGCGUGAUAUUUUAGCUAGACCAUUGGAGGCUAUCGCGCGCGAUGAUGACGAUAAUGAAUCGAUAAAUUCGGUUCCUGAUCUGGAACCUGUUCAAGCGCCUGAUUCCGAGCUAGGUCCAGAUAUGAACCAAGUCCUGACGAACGAAAACCGUAUGUCUCAGUCUCCUGGUGAGAUGAGCAAUGACUUUUUUUCCGAAAUAGCCACCGUUGGACGAGCAAGUGCACCCUCAAGCGCAUCGCGCUCGCAGAGCCGAUCAAGCAAUAUCCAACAGGCCGAACGCUCAGCAAGGCCCCGGCAAAACUCUCGCUCAAAUACCCUAUUCUCCCGGCCAUCCUCCCCAGAAACAUCACCACCCACGUCACCUCGUGUCAGAGCUUCUUUAAUUCAUCAGAGUUCCGAUAUCAUCACUAUGCAGCUGGAACUCCUAGGGAACCGCAAUCGCCAAAACGAUACACCUGCACAGCGAAAUCCACCUUUCUUCGGUCGCACUAAUCCAGCGACUGCAAUGGAUCGCAGAUCGAUAGUCGAUUUCCUUGAGGCGCUGAUCUUGAGUCAAGCCCAGCAGCAAGCUGCAGAACAAUCGCCAAUACCUGAAAACGAGGAUCUGUCCAGCAUCGCGGCAGGAGCCAACUAUGGCACAGGCCAGGAAAUUCCUGCUGUGGAAAGUCAGCCACAUAAUAUUGUGCAAGAGGCGAUGGCCGAUCAUCAUAUUGACCCUGCUCCUUCAGAGGAACCCCUAGUCUCCAAUAUGCCAAGCAUUCUUCCAGUCAGCGUUGAGGAGCCCAAUGAUGGAGAGCAUAUUAGUUUCCGGCCAUUGGAUUUAGCUGAAGAAGAUGGCCUUCCUCUCGGCACUGCACUCCCACCAAUGUCGCAGAUACCGGGUAUGAUGGCAAUGAGCCAACCCCCUAUUGCUCAUAGAGUGACACUCCUUUCUGCUCACCCAGUAGACUCACUUGCAUCACACCUCGCGGCGAUUCUCAGCACCAUCAUUUUGUCGCCCCUCGAAUCACUCUAUGUCCGCUCUUUGGCCCAUUCAUACCUUUCUUUAAACCCUUCUUCUACACUUCGAGUCUCAGACCUACACCCUGUUGGGUUGUGGGGUGGCGGACGAACCUGGUCUGAUACGAUUGGGUACUGUGGUAGACUGGUCCUCAUGAGAGCUAUGCAAUCUGCGCUAAGAGCCGCUGUGUGGGGCUUUUUGGUGGGUUCGACAAUGAGAAUUGGGAGAAAGUUUUGUGGGUGGGGGACUCUAUAG